AUGUAUAUUCUGGUGAAAUGGGUGAAUCAUAAUAAUUCUUUCACGGUUUUAAAAGAAACAGACGAAUAUGCGUCGAAGAAAAUUGGCGAAAUAAUAAAUGUUCUUUACGGAAAGGAAGCACAUGAAGGAGAAAUUCUGUGUCGAAACGAGAGUAAAGCAUUUUUGAAUAAAUUAGAAGUAAAUAAUAAAGGAGAAUUAGUAACAAAAAAGGCGAAGGAAAUUCAGAAAAUUAAGAAAAAUCAAGAAUCAAAUGGUCAGGAUAAAAAAAGUUUGAAUUCUGAAGAUUUGAAAACUUUAGUUACUGAGGGAUGUUAUCUUAAUGAUAAUCAUAUUUACAAAUUUCAAGAAUUAUUAGGAAUGCAGUCGAAUCAAGCAAUGAAUAUGCAAAGUACUCUACUUUUACAUGCACCUGAAAUGAUUACUCCAAUCGAUAGAAAUCAGAAACAUAUACAGAUACUGUUUAGCAUUGAUAAACCUGUAAAUUCAAAGAAUGAUGUUGGUCAUUGGAUUUGUACAUAUUAUGAUGGAAAACAACUUUUCAUUUAUGAUAGUGUUAACGCUAAAAAGUUACAUGCAGAUCAUGUAAUAUAUUUAAGUAAACUAUACCCUUUUAAGCCAAAUGUAUUUUUUCCACAAGUUCAAGAUCAAGGUAACGGAACUGAUUGUGGUUUGUUUGCAAUAGCAUUUGCAACAUCUUUGUAUUUUAAUAUAAUGCCGAAUACUGUACAUUAUGAUCAAACAAAGAUGAGAGUUCAUUUGAAAGAAAUGUUUCAAAAUAAUCGUUUGGCUCAAUUUCCGGUAGUAUCAAAUAUUUCAAAUAAUGUUCAAAACAUAGCAAUGAUAACAGAGACUGAGAAGAAAAAAUCUCGUGCUAUAAAAGACAAAGAGAGAAAAAGAAAUGAAAGACUAAAGGAAACGAAUGAAGAGAAAUUCGAUCGACAAAGAAAAGAUAAAGAUAAUAAGCGUCGAAUUUAUGAAACAGAAAAUGGUAAGAAAGAAAAACUAGAAAAAAAUUUAACUUGGAAAAAAAAGAAAUUAUCAAUUGAAACAGAAAUAGAGAAAGAAAAGAGACAAGAACUAAAUUUGAAAUGUAAAAAGAAUGCAUUAUUAUUGGAACCAGAAAUGAAGAAGAAAGAGAGAUUAGAAAAAAAUGUAUCUUGUAAAAAGAAAAAAUUAUCAUUAGAAACAGAAAUUGAGAAGAAACAGAGCUCUGAAGGUAAAAAUUUUAAAGAAAAUAUUCGUUCAUAUAAUAGUUCGUUAGCUUUUGCCAGUAUGGGUGCUAAACUAGAAAUUCCAAAAGGUGUUGGUCCAUAUGUUUUUCGUAUACAUGGUCAAAUAUAUCAUUCUACAUAUUCUUUACAUCCAAAUGAUAAUGAUAAACGUAAAUAUGGUCAGUUGUACAUAAUUGACUCUAAAGAAGCUUUGCAAGACAGGGUAAAUAAUGAGUCUAAUAAAAAAUGUUUGCCAGAAUUAUUUUUUAAUUUAGAUAAUUUACUUAGAAUAGUUAGUCCAUUUGCUAAAUCGUUUAAAAUAAUGAGAGAAGUAGAAAUCGAAGAAGAAGCACGAGCUAAAUUACUAAAUGUGCCGGUAAGAAAUAUUGAAAUGUGGAUUAAACGCGAUAGGUCAUUAAAUCAGAAAACAUUCAAUGUUCCGUCUUGUAAUGAAGUAGCUGUUAUAUUUGUUAGCGAAGAUGGUGAACCUCCUAUAGAACGUGAUAUAUGUAUAUACCCAAAAGAUUCUAAAAGUAUACCAAUUUCUAGUCUGAGCCCUAAUGUUGAUCCAAUGACAUAUCCUUUAAUGUUUCCUUCAGGUGAUCCUGGAUGGACUGUUAACAUUAAACAUUCUGAGGGCAACCGAAAUGUUACUCCUUUACAAUUUUAUAUGUAUCGUCUUUCAUACAGGGGAACUUUUAAUCCAUGUUUAGCAUUAGGAAAAUUAACGCAACAAUAUAUAGUUGAUGUUUGGUCAAAAGUAGAAGGCGAGCGCUUAAAAUAUAUUCGUUUUCAACAAAACAAACUUCGAGCAGAAAUGUAUUGUGGAUUAAUGGACUAUAUAAAUAAUAAAGCGAGAGAUGAAAAUGUUCGUCCAGGAAAACUUAUUAUUUUACCUUCAACAUUUACUGGAGGACCACGUUCUUACCAACAAUCUUUUAUGGAUGCUAUGCGAUUAGUACAAGAAUUUGGAAAACCAGAUUUGUUUAUUACAAUGACCUGUAAUCCAAAAUGGUUGGAGAUUAAAGAAAAUUUGUUGGAUGGAGAAAUAGCGUCUGAUCGACCUGAUAUUAUAGCUAGAGUUUUUCACAAAAAAGUACAAGAGUUAAUGAAAGAAAUAAAAGAAAAGCAAAUUUUUGGACCAGUUAUUGCAUUUGUUUAUGUAAUAGAAUUUCAAAAACGUGGAUUACCACAUGUGCAUUUAGUUUUAUUUUUAAGUGAAAAAAUUCGUGAUGCUGAAAGUGUAGAUCAAAUAAUAUGUGCUGAAAUUCCAGACGAAACAAAAAAUCCAGAACUUUUUAAUAUUGUAAAGCAGUUUCAAGUACAUGGGCCUUGUGGGAAAAAAAAUAUGAAUUCACCAUGCAUGGAUUCUAAGAAAAAAAUUUGUUUAAAACAUUAUCCAAAGCCAUUUUGCGUAGAAACUAAUUAUCAUUCUAAAAAUUAUCCAGAAUACAAGCGAAGAAAUGAUGGAAAACAAAUUAUUUUUUAUAAUAAAGAUGGGUCAAUUAAAUGUACAGCGGACAAUUCGAUGAUUGUAUCAUAUAACCCAUAUUUAAGUAAAACUUUUGCAUGUCAUAUUAAUGUUGUAGCAUGUGGUAGUACAGGUGGAAUCAAAUAUUUAUUUAAAUAUUGUUAUAAAGGUCAUGAUUGUGCAAUAGUAGGUUAUAAGGAUGAUAAUCAGGAAAUGCAAUAUGAUGAAAUCCAACAUUAUUUAAAUACACGGUAUGUAUGUCCACCAGAAGCAAUGCAUAGAUUACACGAAUUUCCUAUGCACGAACAAUCACACGCAACAUAUAGAUUAGCUAUACACUUGCCUAAUCAGCAGUCAGUAUGUUUUAAAGAAGGAUUAGAAAAAGAAGCAGUUAAUAAAUUUAAAAACACGACUUUAACAGCAUGGUUUAAAUUAAAUGCAGAAAAUUCUGAUGCUUGCAAGUAUUUAUACACAGAAAUACCACAUAAAUAUGUUUUUGUUGAAUCAUCAAAAACUUGGAAAAUAAGAGAGCGAAUUACUAAACCAUUGAUAUGUCGUAUGUAUUUUGUUAGUCCAAAAGAUAUAGAAAGGUACUAUUUGCGAGUUUUAUUACUUUAUGUACGUGGUGCUAAAUCAUUUGAAGAUAUAAGAACAUAUGAAGGUGUAACGUAUAAUACUUUUACAGAAGCAGCACGUGCCAGAAAUUUGAUGAUAGAUGAUAAUGAAUGGGAUAAUUGUUUGUCUGAAGCUGUAAGUCUAAAAUUUCCUAAAGAACUUUGUCGUUUAUUUGCAUAUAUAUGUGUAUUUGGAUUGCCUGUAAACGCUAUUAAUUUAUGGAAUAAGUAUAAAGAAUAUAUGAUUUUUGAUAAUAAUUUACCUGAGGAAGUAUCAUUUCAAAAAGCAUUAGUUAUAAUUAAUGAAAUUUUAAGUUUUCAUGGAUUUGCGUUACAUCAAUUUGGUUUGCCAAAUAUUGAUCAAAAAGUUCUUAAAGAUUGUGAUAUUGUAAAUAAGGAAAAUAAUGAGUUAGCAUUUCAAUUACUUAAAAAGGAGGCUGAAACUCUUAUUAAAAGUUUGAAUGAUGAACAGCGUAAAGUUUUUAAUGAUGUCAUGAUGGCAAUACAUAAUGAUGAUUACAAUAAAAGAUAUAUUUUUCUUGAUGGGCCUGGUGGAAGUGGCAAAAGUUAUUUACAUAAUACAAUUAUUACUGCUGUUGAAUGUGAAAAAAUGGUUGCUGUAUCCGUUGCAUGGACAGGGAUAGCUGCUAAUCUUUUGAAAGGUGGACGAACGUCACAUUCUAUGUUUAAAUUUCCCAUACCAAUAAACGAAGAUUCAACAUGUAAUAUAAGCGGAAUGUCAAAACAUGCUGAACUUUUAAGAAGUGCUAAAAUCAUAAUUUGGGAUGAAAUAACAAUGGCACCAAAAUAUGCUUUGCAAGCUAUGGAAUCUAUGUUAAGAGAUAUUACAAAAUGUAAUAAACCAUUUGGAGGUAAAGUUAUUUUACUCUCAGGAGAUUUUAGACAAACUUUGCCAAUUGUUCCUCACGGUAGUCGCACUCAUAUUGUUGAGGUAUGUGUGAAAAAUAGUAAACUAUGGCAAUAUUUCGAAAGUAGAUCUUUACAUACUAACGUUAGAUUAAAUAUUAAUGAAAUUGAAUUUUCAAAAUGGUUAUUAAAUGUUGGGAAUGGUACACCUAAUAGUAUGUUUGAAAGACAAAAUAAUGUUUUAGAAAUUCCACAAGAUUUGAUUUCAAAUGGGAAUUUGAUUGAUGAAAUAUAUGGAUCAUCAAUAAAUCCAAAUGAUUCGUCUGUCUAUUCUUCCUGCAUUCUUUCAUUAACUAAUGCUGAAGUAUUAGACAUGAAUGAACAAAUUUUGGCAAAAUUAGAAAGCAAAGAAGUUGUUUAUUAUAGUAUUGAUUCACAGAUUGAUAAUGAUUCAAAAGACUUAAAUAAUAUUGUUCCAGUAGAGUUUUUAAAUAGUUUAACACCAGAUGGUAUGCCUCCUCAUAAAUUAUCAUUGAAAGUAGGAUGUAUAAUCAUGAUCUUAAGGAAUAUGAAUUUGGUUCAGGGACUAUGCAAUGGAACUCGAUUAGUUGUAAAAUCUUUAUUAAAAAAUGUAAUUUGUGCAGAAAUAAUUACUGGUAAAUCAAAGGGUGAAAUAGUUUUUAUUCCUCGUAUUGAUUUAUCUCCUACAGAAGAAACAUUUCCUUUUAAAAUGGUAAGAAGACAGUUUCCAAUAAGACUUGCUUAUGCAAUGACAAUCAAUAAAUCUCAGGGUCAAUCUUUUGAUAGAGUAGGAAUAUAUUUACCAAUUUCAUCAUUUGGUCAUGGUCAAAUGAUAAUUGGUUAUAUUAAAGAUAAUAAGGAUAAAGAUUAUAUAAAGGAUAAUGAUGAUAUUAAGGAUAAAGAUUACAUAAAGGAUAAUGAUGAUAUUAAGGAUAAUGAUGAUAUUAAGGAUAAUGAUGGUAUUAAGGAUAAUGAUGAUAUUAAGGAUAUGAAUUAUUAUUAUUAUUAUGUUAAAGAUAAUGAUGAUAUUGCAUUAAGAGAAAUAGAUGGUGCGGGAUGCUGA